CUGAGACAGAGAAGGUGGUCGGGGGGUAGAGUCUCAGAUUUGGACAGACGCGCCAUUAAACCGGGGACAGACGGGUUUACCACUCCGGAGCUCGCCCUGAAACAGCGAAGAGUUGAUUUACCGAGCAGCGGAACGAGCCCCGCCAGGCCCCGGCUCUGCUGCCGACGGCAGGCUUCUCCCCAUCAGCAGCCCCGCGACCCUCUCCCCGGCUGCACUGCUGCCCAGAUUAGCUCAGUGAAGGAAAGCUGGUGAAGAAGCUGGACCCGGUGCCAAAGGCGCUUAUAAGAAAUGUCAUUGCUGUGUGUUGGAGUGAAGAAAGCCAAGCUUGAUGGACCCCAAGAGAAAUUUAACACAUACGUGACCCUGAAGGUGCAGAAUGUUAAGAGCACCACCAUCGCUGUGCGCGGCAGUCAGCCGUGCUGGGAGCAGGACUUCAUGUUUGAAAUAAACCGCCUGGAUCUGGGCCUCACAGUUGAGGUGUGGAAUAAAGGGCUGAUCUGGGACACCAUGGUGGGCACCUUAUGGAUCCCCCUGCGCAGCAUACGGCAGUCCAAUGAGGAGGGUCCAGGUCAGUGGCUGACGCUGGACUCCAACGUGAUCAUGGCUGAGAAUGAGAUCUGUGGAACCAAAGACCCGACCUUUCACAGGCUGCUGCUCGACACCCGCUUUGAACUGCCACUAGACAUUCCAGAGGAGGAGGCCAGAUACUGGGCCAAGAAACUUGAACAACUUAACGCCAUGAGAGAUCAAGAUUAUGCCUAUCAGGAGGAGCAGGAGCGGCCGCUACACGCACCAACCACACAGUGCUGUAAUUGGAGUCUGUGGGGAGAUCAGCAAAACGAGGACCCAGACAGCGCCGUGGACGACAGGGACAGCGACUACCGCAGUGAGACCAGUAACAGCAUCCCGCCUCCGUACUACACCACCUCUCAGCCCAACGCGUCCAUGCACCAGUAUCCCAUGAGGCACCAGCACUCAAGACAAUCCUACAAUGACGAUAUCCACGAGUUGGACUAUGACCACAGAGCCAUGAGUCCCACGGACAGUCGUUACGCCUCAUCAGGCGAGUUGAGUCGAGGCAGCUCGCAGCUCAGCGAGGAGUUUGUUCCCGAGGAUGGCGAGAGCUUGCGAGGUUCGGAGUUCUACGAUGAAAACGACUCCUACCACUCCUGCCACUCCUCGGUCAGCUAUGGCAAAGAGGAUUCCCCAGGCUGGGAGGGUGAAGACCCCCAGGGCAUCUACAGCGACGAUGGAGCCUACCUCAAAGAUGGAGGGGAGGAGGGGGCACUGUAUGAUGAAGAUGAGGGAGACACAUACGGGGAGGAAGGAGAGUACAACUACGGAGAUGAGGAGGAGAUGCCGUAUGAGGAGGAUGAAGAUAUGUAUCAGCUUGACGGCGCUCUCAGUGAAUCCCAGGAACCGCCCUACACCCCCACACCCACAAGCACUGACCCCACCCUGAUGCCACCCGCUGAUGGUCAGUCCUCCACCAGGCCGCCGCUGGAGAAGCAGGCAUCGUUGCAUCAGCAGCAGCCGGCCCACGAUAAGAUCCAGCCUCCGAGCAAAGCUCCUGGUCUACCUCCGGCCUCACAUGACGACAUGUUACCACCUUUCACUUCAGACUCCACUAAAACUCCCUUUGCAUUCCCACAGCCAGAUAUAUCAACCACCGAAUCCACAUCCACUCCUGCAACCACAUUACAGGUUCCAGCCCCAGACUCCAAACCCCUGGAGCCCGAGCACAAAUCUGAAUUACCACUGGAGGAGCCUAAACCUUGUGAGCAGCCUCCAGCAGCAGAAGGCGUCCCUCCAGCUCCUGUGGAGAAAACAGAGGAGCCUCCUGUUCCAAGUUUCCCAAAGAGAGAAAUCAUGGAACCUGGUCCUGCCAGAGCCAAAGCCAACUGGCUUCGACUUUUCAGCAGAGUGCGACUACAGCUGCAAGAGGCCCGAGGAGAAAGUGUUGGCAUCGCCUCCCUGCUGCUAUCAGCAGGGAUGGGCGGUGCUCUGUACAGCAUCGACAGCAUGCCAGACCUCAGGAAGAGGAAAGCUAUGCCUCUGGUCAGAGAUCUGGCCAUGUCUUUGGUUCAGAACUCCAGGAAAGCAGGCAUCACCUCAGCCCUGACGUCCAGCACCCUCCAUAAUGAAGAACUGAAGUGUCAUGUCUAUAAGAAGACUCUUCAGGCCCUCAUAUAUCCCAUCUCCUGCACCACCCCACAUAAUUUUGAGGUGUGGACCGCCACCACUCCGACUUACUGCUACGAGUGCGAGGGGCUGCUGUGGGGUAUCGCUCGCCAGGGCAUGCGCUGUACUGAGUGUGGAGUCAAAUGUCACGAAAAGUGUCAAGAUCUACUCAACGCUGACUGUCUGCAAAGGGCGGCUGAGAAGAGCUCCAAACAUGGUGCAGAGGACCGAACCCAGAACAUCAUCAUGGUCCUCAAGGACCGCAUGAAGAUCCGUGAGAGGAACAAACCAGAGAUCUUUGAACUCAUUCAGGAAGUGUUCACCGUCCUCAAGUCCACCCACGUCACCCAAAUGAAGCAGAUCAAACAGAGCGUUCUCGAUGGCACCUCCAAAUGGUCGGCCAAGAUCAGCAUCACAGUGUUGUGUGCUCAGGGUCUACAAGCAAAGGAUAAAACUGGUUCCAGUGAUCCUUAUGUCACUGUCCAGGUGGGAAAGACCAAAAAGAGGACCAAGACCAUCUACGGAAACCUCAACCCUGUCUGGGAGGAGACAUUUAAUUUCGAGUGUCACAACUCCUCAGAUCGUAUCAAGGUACGCGUGUGGGAUGAGGACGACGACAUCAAGUCACGUGUGAAGCAGAAGUUCAAGCGAGAGUCUGAUGACUUCCUCGGUCAAACCAUCAUCGAGGUCCGAACUCUGAGCGGAGAGAUGGAUGUCUGGUACAAUCUCGACAAGCGUACAGACAAAUCAGCUGUAUCUGGAGCCAUCCGCAUGCACAUUAAUGUAGAAAUCAAAGGAGAGGAGACGGUCGCCCCGUAUCACGUUCAGUACACCUGUUUGCAUGAAAACCUCUUCCACUAUAUGACAGACCUGCAGAACAACGGUGUGGUAAAGAUCCCUGAUGCCAAAGGGGAUGAUGCAUGGAAAGUUUACUUCGAGGAGACCCCCCAGGAGAUUGUAGAUGAGUUCGCCAUGCGUUACGGAGUGGAGUCCAUCUACCAGGCGAUGACCCACUUUGCCUGUCUGUCAUCCAAGUACAUGUGCCCAGGUGUGCCUGCAGUAAUGAGCACCCUGCUGGCUAACAUCAAUGCCUACUAUGCCCACACCACCCAGGCAACUAACAACGUCUCUGCCUCCGACCGCUUUGCUGCUUCUAACUUCGGGAAAGAGCGGUUUGUCAAACUUCUAGAUCAGCUGCACAACUCUCUGAGGAUCGACCUGUCCAUGUACAGAAAUAACUUCCCAGCCAGCAGUCCUGAGAGGCUGCAGGACCUCAAGUCCACAGUGGACCUUCUCACCAGUAUCACCUUCUUCAGAAUGAAGGUCCAAGAACUUCAGUCUCCGCCCAGGGCCAGUCAGGUAGUGAAGGACUGUGUCAAAGCAUGUCUCAACUCCACCUACGAGUACAUCUUCAAUAACUGUCAUGAGCUCUACAGCCGCGAGUAUCAGACCGACCCGGCCAAGCAGGGUGCUGUCCCUCCAGAGGAGCAGGGACCGAGCAUCAAGAACCUGGAUUUCUGGUCAAAACUCAUCACACUUAUUGUCUCCAUUAUAGAGGAGGACAAGAACUCUUACACCCCCUGCCUAAACCAAUUUCCCCAGGAGCUCAACGUGGGUAAAAUCAGUGCAGAAGUGAUGUGGAACCUGUUUGCUCAGGAUAUGAAAUAUGCAAUGGAGGAGCAUGAAAAAAAUCGCCUGUGCAAGAGCGCAGAUUACAUGAACCUGCACUUCAAGGUCAAGUGGCUGUACAACGAGUACUGCAAAGACCUGCCCUUCUUCAAGAGCAGAGUGCCCGAAUAUCCUGCGUGGUUUGAGCCAUUUGUCAUCCAGUGGCUGGAUGAAAAUGAGGAAGUGUCUCGAGACUUUCUGCACGGUGCUCUGGAACGAGACAAAAAAGAUGGGUUCCAGGUCACAUCAGAACACGCUCUGUUCUCCUGCUCAGUGGUGGAUGUGUUUUCUCAGCUCAACCAGAGCUUUGAGAUCAUCAGGAAGCUGGAGUGUCCAGAUCCACAGAUUGUAGGACACUACAUGAAGAGAUUUGCCAAGACAAUCAGCAAUGUUCUUCUGUCCUAUGCUGAUAUAAUCUCUAAGUGUUUUGCCAACUAUGUCACCAUGGAGAAAGUGCCCUGCAUCCUAAUCAACAACAUCCAACAGCUGAGAGUUCAACUGGAGAAAAUGUUUGAGGCGAUGGGUGGAAAAGACCUGUGUGUGGAGGCCAGCGAUAUCCUGAAGGACCUGCAGGUUAAGCUCAACAAUGUAAUGGAUGAUCUCAGCAGGGUCUUUUCUGUCAGUUUCCAGCCUCAUAUUGAGGAGAACGUGAAGCAGAUGGGAGACAUCUUGGCCCAGGUGAAGGGAACUUCAAACGUAGGGAAUGCCAGCAGUGUGGCGCAGGAUGCUGACAACGUCCUGCAGCCCAUCAUGGAGUUCCUGGACAGCAACCUGACUUUGUUUGCUAAGAUCUGUGAGAAGACUGUGCUGAAGCGUGUGUUGAAGGAGCUGUGGAAGCUGGUGAUGAACACCAUGGAGAAGACCAUCGUCCUGCCGCCUCUCACAGACCAAACGAUGAUUGGGAGGCUGAAGAAUGCUUCUCACAGUGAUGGCACUCAGCUCAUCUUUAACGCUGCCAAGGAGCUGGGACAGCUGUCCAAGCUGAAGGAGCACAUGGUUCGUGAGGAGGCCAAAGCGCUCUCACCCAAGCAGUGUGCGGUGAUAGAGCUGGCCCUCGACACCAUUAAGCAAUACUUCCAUGCUGGUGGUGUGGGUCUGAAGAAGACUUUCCUGGAGAAGAGUCCUGACCUCCUGUCUCUGCACUACGCCCUGUCCCUCUACACUCAGGCCACAGACAAACUCAUUAAGACCUUUGUCCAGUCACAGAACGCACAAGUGUUCGGCGGGAAGGGGGUGAGGUUCACCACUAGUGAGGAUGUUUACCCAGACAAGGGCUCCGGAGUGGACGAUGCUGUGGGGGAGGUGUCCAUCCACGUGGAGAUUUUCACUCACCCCAACACUGGAGAGCACAAGGUCACAGUGAAAGUCGUGGCUGCCAAUGACCUGAGGUGGCAGACGCAGGGAAUUUUCCGGCCCUUCGUGGAGGUCUACAUCAUCGGCCCCCACCUCAGCGACAAGAAGAGGAAGUACGCCACCAAGUCAAAGAACAACAGCUGGGCUCCCAAAUACAACGAAACUUUCACAUUCACCCUGAGCAGCGAGGCGGGUCCUGAGUGCUACGAGCUGCAGGUGUGUGUGAAGGACUACUGCUUCGCCCGGGAAGACCGCACCGUGGGCAUGGCCGUGUUGCAACUGAAAGACAUGGCCUCCAAGGGCAGCGUCGCCUGCUGGCUGCCUCUAGGUAAACGCAUCCACAUGGACGAAACGGGCCUCACCGUGCUGCGCAUCCUCUCCCAGCGCAACAAUGACGACGUGGCCAAGGAGUUUGUCAAGCUCAAGUCCGACCAGCGCUCUGCCGAGGAGGGCCGCAGCUAAGUUGCAAAAAAAAUAUUUAAAAAAAGACUGUUUGGAACCUGAAUCAGAUGUCACCACAUGCUGCCCUGGAGCUCUCUCCUGAGCCACUGCUAGCCACUGCCCUGAUGAUCCAGUGUUGUAAAGCACAGAUAAGACAGUCACCACACACCCAGUGCUGUAAGUACAUUCAUUUCAGUGGGAAAGACGUAGAGCUGAGCAAAGCAUCACUUUCACUUUGUUCUUUAAAAAGCAGCCCCAUUCUUCAUUGUCACAGAUAUCAACCGUCCUUAUGAAGAACAGCACAUACACUUUAAUCAUAGAGCAUAUAUCUACCUUCUAUCUAUAAAGGUGAGUCAUGCUGUUCCAUAACCAAUGGCAUGACCACCCACCCACACAUGCCCAGAUUCUUCCGGUUCCUCUCCUCCCUCCCUGGCCUGCACCCGCUCAGAGAAGGGACCGCAAGUGCCAAGAGCUAAACGCUGAAAUAUCCCGAGAGCAGCCCUAAGCACGAUGGAACCAACUGACCCAUUAACAACACACAGCCUCACACAUUCCAGAUAUUAUGGAGGGGAACAAAGCACUAUUUAUUUUUAUUUACAGCUUUAUUUUGAAUUAUAUUUAUAUUUGGAUAUCAUUAUAAAUAUAGU